AUUCCUCUCAGUUGAGUCCCCCAGAAAGAGUCGCUGCUUCCCAACAGACGGAGAGAGAGAGCUCCUUGCUGAGAUUUAAACUAUCAACAUUGCCUUUACUAAACCCCAUGGAAAGACCCGGUUGACUACUGCGGGAUUGAGAUCAGAUUCUCCUCAUAAGAAGUUGUUCCUAAACUUCAGGUGGUGGUCGACUCCAAAGGCGGUGGAUUUCCUCUGAUCGCGGAGUUCCAACAUGAACUUCGACUUAGUGGUCAGGAAAGUGUUGGUUGCGGUGGCCUGGCUCUCCUGUGUGCAGGUGGCGGGCCGGGCGGCCGGGCUCGGCCCCGCGGCCCAGUGGUCUGGGGACGACUACGCCAACCGGACCCUGCGCCGCCUCAAGACCUGCGUGGAGAACCAGCAGUACCAGCACCAAGGCCUCUGCUGCCUCAACUGUGAUGCCGGUACCUACGUGCACCAGGCCUGCUCCCGGGAGCUGGAGGUGGGGCUGUGUAAGCCAUGCCACGAAGUGACGUACACGGAGCACUCCAACGGGAUGAACCGCUGCCUGCCCUGCACCCACUGCCGCUCAGAUGAGAUGCAGACAGUCUCCUGCACCAGCACCACAGAUACCAAGUGUCAGUGCAAACCCGGAUCCUUCUGCGUUCCCGACCAGGCCUGUGAGGUCUGCAAGCGCUGUGCCAGGUGUAAGGCGGGUGAUGAGGAGGUGCAGAAGUGCACGGCGUUCUCCAACACGGUGUGCAGGAAGCGGUUCCCAUCCACCACGGAGCUGUCCCCGCCCCUCCUGCCCACACCGGCUCCCGGCUCCCCUGAGCUCAUAGCGAUCCCCAUCGUCCUCAUCCUGGUUCUGAUCUUCUGCGGAUUGUUGGUGUGGUUCUUGAUCAAGCGGCGCUCUUCUUGCGAGAGACCCUGUUCUAAGCCGCUGUGUGAGUCAAGUGAAAUCGUGAAGAUUCCCAUUGACGAGAGUGGCGCCACGGCGGAGGAGCGGCAGAACGACCAGAACGCCGGCCUGGAGGGCGGCGAGGACCCCCGGCCCGAGUCCCGCCCGCUGCUGCAGGAGACCCAGGCGGGCAUGAGCAAGGCCUGCCCCCCCGGGGAGGACGAGGACCGCGGCCUGGGGGACAGCCUGCCCAACACCACCAGCUCUUCCCAGACCAGCCUCUCGGCCCUGCCCACCGUCACCGCCUCGCCCUCCUCCUCCACCUCCUCCUCCAGGAGCUCCCCGCACCCCAGCCCCACCCCCACCCAGACGCUACUGCCCACUGCCAUGAAUGAUCCGUUGCAGAUGCGCUUGCUGCCACUCUUAGGGUCGGAGAAGUCUUUGAGGAAGAGUUUCGACCUCUUCGACGAGUACCUGGACGUGCGGAUCCACAACAAGUUCUUCCGGCUCAUCGGGGUCAGCGACAACCACAUCCGGCUGGCCGAGGGCGCACCCCCGGGGGACAAGGUGUACGACCUGCUGAAGAGCUGGAUGCAGCGGGAGGGCCUCAAGGCGGACAUCAACAACCUGCUGGACGCCCUGCUGAGCAUGGACCAGCGGCGAUCCGCCGAGAGCAUCGCCUGCGCCGCCCUGCAGAAGGGCUACUACCAGCACGCCGGCGCGCCCUGACCGCCGCGCGGGGGCGGAGGGAUACGCAUGAAGUAGAACCGCAAGACUACAGAGGACCUAUGAGGAGCAGACCUAAAGCACAUGGACUCUGUUUGUUGACGUUAUCUUUCAGGGGAUGGGGGGGAAGACCGGCUUACCUCCACGUGGCUCAUGAUGAGGCUGUGUGUUUUGUUUUUUUCGAAAAGCCAGUAAUUAGUUUGUUUUUUAUGAGAAAAUGAAAGCCACACGAAAACAAGGGGGGAAGGAUGAGUCAAAACUGAUCUUUGUUUCUCGAAGGUUGUUGACUAACUCUACGCGUUGUCUGGCUUAGCAGCGGAAAUGAAAAGAAAAAAAAAAAGGAUUUGUGAGCAGACGGCGUCAAAGACAGAAGUGAUUCAUUUCGUAGUAGACUCAGACACAGACAGACACGCAGACAGACACACACACAGACACACAGACACACGCGCACACACGCAUGCACACACACAUGCACACACACACAAUCGUUAAUUCGAAGGAAGUCAGAUCAUCGAUGUGUUCGGUUCAAGGGAUGGCCGUACAGACUUGUUAAGAGGUGAAGAAGCCAUCCAAGCUCAGAGGUCUCCCGGUCAGUGUGUAGCUCCCCGGUACUCCACCUGGAGCAGAGCCAUACGCUGUAGAGAGGCAAGGAGAUUUAUAUAUAGAUAUAUAAAUGAAAACACUGGUUUGCAGAAGUGGUGUUAGCAGUGCCACUGAAACUGUGCCUUCCCGAUGCACUGAUCCCCAAGGCACAUGUAGUCAUGUAGAGCUACAGUUACGUUAUACUCAUAGCUACAUAGAUUUAAACUGCUCUGUAAAGGAAAAAUACAUUUUACGUGUCUUUAUAAGCACAAUGCCGUCGGAGAGGAGUAGGAAUGUAUUGGGCCGUGUGUUUGUUGUUGUUACGAGUUCGCUGAAAGCUUACUAAUGAAUAUGUUACGUCUUUUUUUAUCCUCACUAGUUUUUCCGUCAAGCGAUAUUAAGAUAAAAAUGCCAAUCCAUUUCGAUCAAACCAGAGUCAAGGAUAAUUUCAUAUACUAUAAAUUACUGAACAUUUUUUUCACCUAUUGUAAAAAAGCAUUGCCCAGAAACGUUUUUCUUCAUUUCUCUGUGAAACAGCACUUCAGUUUCUGAAAAGCAAAACACCUGCAUUGUAUUUCGUAAUUUUGUAAGACAGAAAUUUCAAAGGUUCUGGCAUUUUAUUUAUUAAUAUAUUUAUGUUUUAUUAGUUAUAUAGUUUCCAUGGUUAUUUAUGUCAUUGCUAAUUUCAACCCUGGUCAAGAAAACAUAGUUCUAUUGUGUUGGUGUGAAGACCGGCGGAGGGGGAACCACCGACACGUCGUCUGGCUGUAAUGCCAAACCCCCACCGCCUUGCUUCGGCGACAAGUAUCAGAAGUGGCGGUUCUCGUCAUAUUUGCUGCGGUAUCCCAACGGUUUCCGAACACUACAAUCGCCAGGUGUACACGACAAUGUGUACUCGCGUUAAUGUAUAUAUUUGAUUUCUUUAUAAUUAGAGGUAACCCCUUUUUUUAACUACAAAUCCACCUCCCAUUUAGCCUACAAUAAAUGACCGACAGGAUAGAGAAUACAGCAACAGGUACUGGGCGUUCUUCUACUUGAGAGAUGAUGAAGGAAACCUUUUCUGGAUAUUGACCCAUUGAUUUAUUUGAUAUAAGCUCCCUGGUUAAUGGCCUUUUUUUAUUUGUAGGCCUAUACAUGUCCAUAUAGGGCCUAGAUUUCUCACCACCUCUGUGAGUGUACAUAUAAUACAAUGAUGUGACAAAAAGAGUAGGCUAUAUCGGGGGCAACUAAUGAAGUUUAUGUUCUCACCGGACACACCACGCCACAGUGGUGGGGACAGCAGUCAUUGUAGACAUUAAAACUAGAUUGUAUUUGUUUUUUUCUGCUGUGGCUGACUCUGCUUUUGAUGUACAAAGAAAUGAGAAGAUUCUAUUUUAUAGCCUUAGAGGCUUCAGUGCUGGCACUGCCAUCUAUUGAUGAGAUACCUGGAGACACCGCCCGCCCGACACACACAUUGUUAUACUCUCUUAAGACUUUCUUGACCAAUUUUUCUAACCUUUCAUUCAUCGUGGCCUUUCAAAGUACGAAGAGCUGAUGCAUAUGUAACAUAUGUUCUAUUCUAUGGCAAUUGAAGAAAGUGUGUGUGUAUUUGUGUCUGAAUGUAUGUUUUGAUUUUCUAGAAUUACUGUGUUUUUACAUUUGUACAUAUGUCAAAGCCAAAGUCCAAAACAGUUCAAUUCCUCCAUCCAAUAGCAUUGGGAAGAUUAUGUAAAAAUGUACUGUACAUUUUUUAUGUAAACAGAUUUCCCGUCGUUUAUUGUAUGAUUGAUAUGAUUCUGGUAUACAAAUGCAGGUCGGCAAUGUAUUUGUAUAUAUUAAUUGUAAUUAAACAUUUUGUAUAGAAAAUACUUACGAUCUACUGUCAAUCUCUGGUACAUACACAAAACAGAGUCCCAUUUCAUAGAGCCGUCUACUAGGACCAACACAGGUGUCUCAAUGAUUAUGGGUCUGCUCCUUUGAUGUACCAGGGCACAUGGUCCAUGGUCAAUGCGUCUCCUCAUCAAUAUUUAGUGUACCACCAGUGCCCUGGUACAUCAAAGAAUCCGACGCUAAAUUAGUGUUAUGAGCAACACCUGUGUUUGUGCUGCAACGAUGCCUCUGAAAAGGCUAUUGAGCCAGUGUUGUAAUGGCAUUUGGGUAAGCCAUUAAAAUAGCCUCUUUUGAAGUCUAGGAUGUUCUAUUGAUGCAUUGUCACGUGUUCAAGCUCCAGGCAUUAUUCCGCAGGAGAUAAUACAUAAGAGAAGGUUUUCUGAGCUUAACAGCCAUCUAGAGUGGAGUGCUUUGUGUUAAUGAUUAGGUCUAGGAUGAGGGGAAGCGAUGUGGAAAGACGCCCUAACUUGGGUUAUCAGACUGAGUCACAGAAUCACUGAGUUAAGGUUAAUGUUAAUGAUUAGAAACCAGGCCAGAGGGUAAAGGUGGGACCAGUUGCUUUUCUCUUUCAACUUUGAUAAGAAUAUCAAAUCAAUUAUUUUCGAAGACAUGUUUAGUUGUUCUUUACGAUGUUCGUUUCAUCAUAUUUUGAUAAGCAAGUUAAUUGUUUUUUCAGGAUGGUAGUUUCACUAUAUUUACUCCAUAGACUACACGGCAGACAGUCUUGCACAACUAUUACAUUAUGCAGAAAUAAAUACCCCAAACAUGUCCUGUAGUCUGCAUUGUUGUGAGUGGGAGCAUCAUUGCAUUUGUGAAAUAUAUUUACAGUUAUGUCUGGUAUAGUUGGAAUCUCCUUUAAUCCUCCCCUUUUUCUUGGCUUUUCCAUACGUAACUGAUUAUAUUGCAGACUCAGGCCAAUAUUAACAUGAGAAGAAUGAAUAAUACAUUAAACUCAGUGGCUUCAUGUGUGCUUACUCUGCUAGCCAUGGUCCAUAUAGUUCCACUUUAGUCCUUAUUUCUACACCCAUGAAGAUUUUGUUCACAUCAUUAAAAAGACAAUG